CCUUUUGUGACGUCAUGGUGCAUGCACGUGUUUUGUUAACACAUAAAAUGAAGUAUUCGUGAAGAAUUUUGUUACUAAUACAGUUACUACUUUUGCUCUAGAAUUCUAUGAGAAGAGAUAAUAAUGUCGGAAGACAAGAAAAAAGACGAGAAAAGAAAUCUAAAAGAAUUGAACGAUUUGUUGAAGCAGAAAGAUGCCGACAAGCAGCAACUACAGGCCAGUUAUGAUGAAGCUCUCCAGGCACUAGCUGACAGCGAAGCAAAGAGAGAGACAGCAGAAAGAGAAUUAAAGAUAGCUCAGGAUCAAAUGGCGACUAUGUGGAAAGAGCUUGAGAGUCUUCAUCAAAGGCUAGACGGGUCUCACCCUCGUCCCAAUCCAGUCUCAACUUCCUCAGUCAUUGUAUCAGUGUCUCCCCAAUCUAAUGUAGCCCAAUCUUACACUACUAACACUCCUUCAGCUAAAACCACUUCAAAUAUAUCAUCACCACAUCAUCUUUGUCCUGUCACAUCUCCUUCUGUCAUUUCAACUGCUUCUCCUUCUCAAGAGGCCAAUGGUCCUAUUGAGCUUUGCUGUACAUUGUGCAAUGAAAAGAUAAGAUCAGGUACUGUUCCUUUAGUACCCACGCCAACGCCCACUCCCUCUAAUUCUCCCGCCCACUCUGCCCCUAAGACCAAAACUUCAUAUAGGCUCUGGCCUUUUGGUGGCGGUAAUAGUCACCACAAAACCAGAUUAAAUGAUUUAAAUGAUCAUUCAAAAGUUUGUUCAUCUAAACUGAAGUCAACUUCUCCCUCUCCUCCAACACAUAGCCCAAAGCAACAAAGGAAAUUACAAUCAAGAGGUUCAUCUCCAAAGAUCCAGCCAGAGAAGCGUUCCUCAUCACUAAUAGUUAAUGUCACUCGCACUCCAACAGCUGCUACUGAUCUUGCUCCCUUUAAAGUCGUCACUUGGACUAACAUGACCUCCCAGUUCUCCUCAGAGUCCUACGAGGUGUACAGGAGUGCCGGAGACUUUCAAUGGCUUCAUGACGUACUCCAGGAUAACUGCCCAGAGAGAGCAGUACCUCCACUUAGGACAACCAUAUCUCUUGAUGCUACUGUGUCAGAGUAUCAAAGGUUCUUGUCUCGUCUUGUGGCACACAAAACCCUCAGAACUGAGCAAUCUUUCAUUGUAUUCCUAACUGGAACUAUUGAAGAGUUGAGGGUCCUUCGUGCUAAGUUCCGGCCUCAUUUGCCGUCAGAAGAGUCCCUACAGUAUCGUCCAACUCAAGGACGUGAUACCUCAAGUGGUGCUCUUGUUGCUACUAAAGACUAUCUUCAUUCAUUGGAGAAUAAUCUAUUAGGAUUGGUACACCAUCUACAGCAAAGGACUACCAAUGACACACAGAGAGAAGGUAUCAUGUUAUGUAGAAAGUUUGAGCUAAAAUUCUGAAAAUUACCCAAGGCUA